GCUUGGUUUGUGUGUGUCAUUUUUUAGUAUCAGCAGCAGCAGCAGCAAUACUGCAUUGCAUUGAGAAAUCGGUUUUUGGGUUUGGCCGGAUUUUUAAGUUUGUUUUUUCAUCUUUAUUUUCUGUUCGAAAAUACAUUUUAUCUCACACAAAAAAGCGUAUUUCGACGAAUAAAUCAUCGUUAAUUUUGUAAGAGUGAAAUAGAAUUGUUGUGUGUGUGAGAAAUAUUGAUAUACAUCGACAAAUACAAUUAAUUUAAAGCCAAUUUACUGGUUCGGUGUUUUCUAUCGCAGAGGAGAAACUUUUUUUUCCUGCAAACGCACAAUCAUGAUCUUGUUAGAAAUAAACAAUCGAAUUGUCGAAGAGACAUUGCUAGUGAAAUUCAAAAAUGCACUGGCCAAAAACAAGCCCGACUCUAUUGAUAUCACAAUCGCCGAUUUUGAUGGUGUUCUAUUCCAUAUUUCAAAUGUAAAUAAUGAUAAAACAAAAGUUCGGGUUAGCAUAUCGCUGCAAUUUUACAAAGAACUUCAGCAGCACGGUGCCGACGAACUGCUACGACGAGAGUAUGGAAAUCUAUUGACAGAUGUCGAAGAUGGUUACAAUGUUUCAGUGUUGGUUGAUUUAGAGAACAUCCCAUCGGAUUGGGAGCAGGUUGCUCACAAAGUAGGUCUUUUGAAGCGCAAUUGCUUUGCGUCGGUUUUUGAAAAAUACUUUGACUUCCAAGAGAAAGGCGAAAGUGGUAACAAACGGGCUGUCAUCAACUAUCGAAAGGAUGAAACACUGUAUGUUGAAGCGCAAGCUGAUCGAGUGACUGUUGUAUUCAGUACAAUUUUCCGUGAUGAAGAUGAUGUGGUGCUGGGCAAAGUAUUUAUGCAAGAGUUGAAAGAGGGUCGAAGAGCCUCACACACAGCGCCACAAGUUUUGUUUUCACAUCGAGAACCGCCCUUGGAAUUGGCCAAUACGGAUGCACGCGUCGGUGACAACAUUGGCUAUGUAACUUUUGUACUUUUUCCACGACAUACGAAUAAGAACACACGUGACAACACAAUUAAUUUGAUUCAUAUGUUCCGUGAUUAUCUUCAUUAUCACAUUAAGUGUUCGAAAGCCUAUAUGCAUUCGCGAAUGCGCGCCAAAACGAAUGAGUUCUUAAAAGUAUUGAAUCGAGCCCGGCCUGAAACCAAACAACAAGAAAAGAAGACAAUAACCGGCAGAACAUUCAUUCGGAAGGAGUGAUUCCGGCGCGUUGCAAUUGUAAAAUGUUGAUUUAUUUUUUACUUUAUUUCAAACUCAAGUUUGUUUUGAUUUUUCUAUGUUCAAUAACUAGUGUCAAGUUUAUAAACAAGUAACUAAAAAAAAGAGAGAAAAAAACUACCUAGAGAAAUGAUUGGCAAAAUUGCAUAGGAUGAACGGCAAAUGCCUCGUAUAUUAUCAUUAAAAUGAAAGUCACAGCGAUUGGAGUAAGAUAUCUACAAACAAAAUUUCAAUUCGAUUCGAAUAAAAUUCUUUUUUUUCUAAUUUAAAAUAAAUGCUUUGAUUCGCCACAAACAAAAAACCAUUGAAAAAAAA